GAGGUGUGUUGUUGGCAGAGCGGGCACGUAUACAAAAGAUUCGGCCCCGCGAGCGGUCUCGGAAAUUUCGGCAAUUCGCGAAAAUGGCUUCGAAAGGGUUCACGUGCGGCGAAUCAGCGGCCCGCUGGCUGUUCCUACUCCUUUCCCUGGCCACUCUGACCACUCGGCUGGCCAGCGUAAGCGGAAAUACGGCGGGGAUGGUGCACCGGCGGUUUGAGUACAAAUAUUCGUUCAAACCCCCCUACCUGGCGCAGAAGGACGGCACGGUGCCGUUUUGGGAGUACGGUGGUCAUGCAAUCGCCAGCUCGGAAAACGUGCGUAUUGCCCCUUCGCUGCGGAGUCAAAAGGGAGCUAUUUGGACGAAACAGAAGACGAACUUCGACUGGUGGGAGGUGGAGAUCGUGUUCCGAGUGUCCGGACGAGGUCGCAUCGGAGCGGACGGUCUGGCAUUCUGGUACACAGCCGAAAAGGGAAGCUAUAUCGGAGAUGUAUUCGGUUCUUCGGAUCAAUGGGUUGGACUCGGUAUUUUCUUCGAUUCCUUCGAUAACGAUAACAAGCACAACAAUCCGUACAUUUCGGCCGUAUUGAACGACGGUACGCGACAGUUUGACCAUCAAAACGAUGGUGGCACUCAACUUCUGUCCGGGUGUUUGCGAGACUUCCGUAACAAACCAUUCCCGACGCGUGCCAAGAUCGAGUAUUACAACAAUAUCCUCACCGUGCUGUUCCACAACGGUAUGACGAACAACGAUCAGAACUACGAGAUGUGCUUCCGAGCGGAAGGCGUGGUGCUACCGAAGACCGGCUACUUCGGGCUGUCGGCGGCCACAGGCGGUUUGGCUGACGAUCACGAUGUGUUCCACUUCCUCACCACCUCGUUGCACAUACCGGGCCAGUUCAAGGAGGAACCGGCGCAGGGAGAAGAUGCGGCUAAAUUGACCCAGGAGUACCAAGACUAUCAGAAGAAGCUUGAACUGCAGAAGGAAGAGUACCGCAAGGAGCAUCCCGAUGAGCAGAAGGACGAUCUGGACAGUUUGUUCGAGGACUUUAACGAACGAGAACUACGUCAGAUCUGGGAAGCGCAGACGAACACGUUCGAACAGCUCCGUAUGCUGAGUAGCAAGUUGGACGAGGUGAUCGGUCGCCAGGAGCGAACUCUGGGGUUGCUUUCGGUCUCAGCCAAGCCUGGCGAUGGAACGGGAAUGCCACCGCCACAAAUUGGGGCUGGUGGUGGUGCUGGAGGAUCGAUUAUGCGACACGAGGUUGAUGCCUUGCUGCAGAAUCAGAACGUGAUGGUACAGACGGUGCGCGAGAUUCGUUCCAUCAUUGGCGAGGUACACGCACGAACGGACAACAUUCUCACCAACCAGGCUCGUGCGCCAACCGCACAGAUUCAGGGCGGUGGAUACGACAUCCAAAGUUUGAUGAACGAAAUGCGUGACGGCAUGAACCAAGUACGACAAGGAGUAGCUGGUGUUUCGCAGAGGCUUCAAAACCAACCAGCCGGGGCGCAGGGGUUGGCACAGUGUCCAACACAAAACUGUCUCAGUUUGACCUCCUUCCUCGUUGUGAUCGUAGUACAGUUGCUCGUGAUGCUUGGUUACAGCAUAUACAAAGGAAGCCGAGAUGCGCAGGCGAAAAAGUUUUAUUAGAUAGCCAAACCUACAACGUGAACUGAUAAUCGAAUGGUGAAGUGAGCACGCCAUACAGCACGCAAAACGAUCAAAUCUAGCUAAACAGUGGUCAAACCGGGUCGAACUUCUUGUGGCAACUUGAUGCGGCUGAGCGCGGCAGGCAGGCAUUCCCUUAAGAAAAACAGCUUUGACAGUACGUGCUAGUAAGAACGAACCUUCCAUGGCCCAUUUGAUUACAUUAGACAGCAACAGAGUCCGCGCCCGUGGCAUGCACCGUAGCAUGGCAGCAUCAUCUUGUAACGUUUACGCGGAUCUACCGAGAUUGAUUUUUUGCUCUCGGCGAUAUGUAGCGCAGUGGAAGGAGAAUGAAAAGUGUGAAAAAUAGUCUUGUUUUAAAUAUAAAAUUUCUUUUUUUUCGUUUCGUUUCUCGGAA